CUACUCAGUUGCCCUCCCUCCCUCCCUCGCAGUCCCACCCACCGGCACCGCAAAUAGUAAAGACAGGAAAAUCAGAAACCGAUACUUCCAAAUUCGACGAUAGACGAAAGAGGAAUUUGCGCUUCCAGUGGAGAAAUGGCUGAUCACUCCGACGAUUUAGACCAACUUCUUGAUAGCGCCUUGGAUGAUUUCCAGAAUCUCAACCUUACUCCUCCCCCUCAAAGAAAUGGAGGAGGAGUUGGCAAAGAAAAGAAGCAAGAAUCUGCUUCCUUGCCUACUGAGGUUAGGGGAUUGGGAAUGGGAUUGCCUGACUUGAAGAACAAGAAAAGGGGGAAGCAAAACGUUGCCAGAGAUUCUCAUGUUACCGAGGCUCUUGAUAAGCUCAUGGAACAGACUAGAGAAACUGUAAAGGGAUUGGAGUCAAUGGUGAAAGAUGGUGAAGAUGAUUUUGGCGAAGAUGCAGUGGUGGAGGAUUGGAUCAAGCAAUUUGAGGAGCUUGCUGAUGGCUCUCAGAAUAUGGAAUCAAUUGUGGAGAACAUGAUGCAGCAACUUUUGUCUAAAGAGAUUCUUCACGAACCCAUGAAAGAAAUUGGUGACAGAUACCCAAAAUGGUUAGAAGAGCAUAAAGACGGUUUGAGCAUUGAGGAAUAUGAGCGUUACUCCCGUCAAUACCAACUUAUACAGGAGCUUAAUAUAGUUUAUGAAAAUGAACCAAACAACUUCACCAAGAUUUUCGAUCUCAUGCAGAAAAUGCAGGAAUGUGGUCAACCACCAAACGAUCUUGUGCAAGAGCUCUCUCCAGAUUUAGAUUUAUCUACACUUGGCCAGCUGUCACCAGAAAUGCUCGAGUCACAACAAAACUGUUGUAUAAUGUGAGGCUUUAUGUUCCUCCUGUUGUCCAAUCUCUGGAUGCUACUUUACCUAAAUCUUAUGGAUAUUCUUUUAAAUACAUUUAUUUGAAAUAAAAUACACGUCCAGGAAAAGG